AUGUUAGAACGAAUUUUAAAAAACAAAGAUUCACUGUGCCUUUAUGCUUCCACUAACAACAAAAUUUCACAACUAAGUUCAGAUGAAUGGAUAGUUGUGGAAAAAUUAAUUACAUUGCUUAAACCUUUUGAAGAAAUAACACGAGAACUAAGUGCAGCCAAUGUUUCCAUAUCGUCUGUGAUUCCGUUAUUGGCCACCCUGGAAAAGGUGAUUGAUGAAUAUGAUGCAUCUGAAGAAUGCAUUAGAAAAACUAUACUCGUUUUAAAACAAGAAAUGAAUCACAGAUUUUCUCACUUGGAAAACGACAAAUUAUUUGCUACAGCAACUUUUAUUGAUCCUAGGUACAAAUCGAAAUUUUUCAAAAAUCCUUCAACCAAAGAUCAGGUCGUGAAAAAUAUUUCGGAUUUAAUUGGAAAUGAAGACUUAAGCUUUCCUUCAUGUUCAAAUUCAAAGCGUCCUAAAAUGACUAAUCAGGUUAAGGAAAACUUUGGCUCCAGUGCCAGUCUUUCAGAAAAAUCUGUAUCACUAAAAGAAACUAUGAAAAUGAUGAUGGACUCAAGUGAAAGCGAGGAAGAAUUAGAAAAUGAAAUUCCAAAUCCUGUAGAAGUUUUAAUUAAAAAAAAUAUUAAUGAAUAUGUAUUGGAUAAACGUAUUGAAAAUGAAGAAGACCCACUUCUUUGGUGGAAAGUUAAUAGCAAUAAAUAUGAAAAAGAAAAUUAG